AUGUCUGUGGAAAAGACGACAAAAGUCGAAGAGAGUUUUCAAAGGGUCCUGGGAUUUAAGAAGAUGGUUGACAGGUGGCGAAACUCAUGCGCUCGCUCUCUGUGGCAGACGACACUAAGCCAGAGGAGAAACCUGUAUGCUGCCCUAAGGAUGCAGGACACCAUGGGACAGGAGUUGGCACUGGCCCGUAAGCAGCUACUGAUGGUCCGUCAAGCAGCCCUGCACCGGCUGUUUGAAAAGGAGCAUCGGCAGUACCAGCAGGAACUAAAUCAGAUGGGCAAAGCUUUUUACGUGGAGAGACUCUGA